CGAGAGACCUGCGAACGCAGUGCUCGAGCGACCAUCGGGAUUACCGUACAGCCCGCCACCUUUCGUCACGAGCCGUUAACGUUAAACAAUUUCCAGAACCGACGUGCGUCGCUGGCCCAUACAGAAAAGUAUUCAACGAAGUUCCCUUGACUGUUGACUGUUGACCCCGAGUUGAUUUCGAAGCGUGCAAUUUGAACGUAUUGCGAUGGAUCAGCCGAGUGAAAUACAAUCGUUCUACAAAGGACGUUCAGUUUUUAUUACCGGAGCCUCGGGUCUGAUGGGUAAGGUUUUACUCGAAAAGCUUCUGUACUGCUGCGGUGAUUUGAAAUCCAUCUACAUCCUUCUUCGCCCGAAACGUGGACGCUCGGUGGAAGGUCGUCUCGACGAUAUGUUCAAACUUCCGAUGUUUCAACGGAUUCAAAAAUUGAAUCCCGCCUUGAUGGAAAAAGUAGUGCCGAUGGAGGGUGACGUGACAAUGGAUAACCUUGGGCUGAACGAACAACAGCGAAAAACUCUUGCCGAGGAAGUGUCAGUUGUAUAUCAUUGCGCGGCUACUCUUCGCCUGGAAGCUAAGCUGAAAGAUGCCAUCGAAAUGAACACGGUGGGUACGAGUAGGGUGCUUGAACUCUGCAGGACAAUGAAAGGGCUGAAAUGCAUGCUGCACCUUAGUACAGCCUUCUGCCAUGUGGACCAGGUCGAACUUGGCGAGAGGGUUUACGAAGCGAACGAGGACCCUCGAGACGUAAUGCGUAUGAUACAAUGGAUGGAUGAAGAUGCCAUUAACCUCGUAACACCAAAAUUAAUCGAACCACAUCCAAACACAUACACGUACUCGAAGAGGCUUGCCGAAACACUGGUUUCCGAUGAAUACGCAACCAUGCCUUGCGUGAUCGCCAGACCAUCGAUCGUAACUCCAGCAUGGAAAGAACCGCUACCUGGGUGGGUGGACAGCCUAAACGGACCCGUGGGGCUCAUCGUAGCUGGCGGCAAAGGUGUCCUACGGUCGAUGCACUGCAACGGCAACUAUCACGCGGAAGUUGUCCCCGUUGAUUUGGCAAUAAGUGCCCUCAUAAGCAUCUCUGUAAAAAUCGGCACAGCAAAAGAAAAGCCGAAGAAAAUACCUGUUUACAACAUCACCCAAAGUGGGGUUGCGCCAAUCACGUGGAGUGAAGUCCUUGAGAAGGGGAAGAAGAUCGCGUAUCAGUAUCCUUUCGACGGAGCUGUCUGGUACCCGGACGGUGACAUACGGAGCACCAAGUUUGUACACGAACUCAUCGUUUUCUUCUUCCAUCUGAUUCCAGCCUAUUUCAUCGACUUUCUAAUGCUGAUAUUCCGACAGAAACGUUUCAUGGUCCGCAUUCAAAGACGGAUCUCCGAUGGCCUCGAGGUUCUCCAGUAUUUCACGACAAGAGAAUGGAUAUUUCACAACACCAAUCUCUUAAUCCUCUGGAACGAGAUGAGUCCAAAGGACAAGGAGUUAUUCCCAAUUGAUUUUUACAACAUCGAUCAGAUUGUCUACAUGACCGAUGUGGUCCUGGGUGCGAAACAGUACUGCAUGAAAGAGAAACUUGACACGCUUCCCAGGGCGCGGAGGCAUCUUAAAAUGUUGUACGUGAUUCAUGUCACUGCGGUCUACGCCUUUUACUUCGGAAUUAUUUAUUACAUAUGGAAGAACUUAGAGAUAGCCAGAUUCUGCCUUGACUUCGCUACGGAAGGUUUGAAGAGUGUUCCGAUUAUCGGAGGAUUGAUCGAGAGAGUGCGUUAGA